AUGGAGGAACUGGCGAGGAGCCUGGGCCUCGCGCCGGGUCCCGCGUCGUCGAGCGCCCCUCCAUCGCGCGACCCCGCGCGGGUCCCGCGCCCGACCCCGCGCGAGGCCGUGGACAUCCUCCGUUCGCUGGGCGUCCCGUGCGCGUCCGAGACUGAGAUAGUGUGGGUGUCGGUACCUACGCCGUACCGACGCGGCCGUCUGAGGCUCGCGGUGCUGACGCGGCACCUGCUCGUGUACGCGCGCGGUCUCGACCCGCUCCAGGCGGCGUACGAGCGCGCGCUGCAAUCGACGGGCGGCUCAUCAGGCGGGUCGGGGCGCGCGUGGGAUCUCGACUGGACCGGCGCGCUGGAAAAUCUCGCGUUCGCGGCCGAGGCGUACAGUUUGGAGGACGACGACGUCCGCGUGGGCGCCGACGUCCGCGACGGGAACGGGAACGCGCGGACGACGUGGACGUCGCUGACCGCGGCGUUCGAUCGAUACGUCCGGUCGUUCACCGCGGACGUCUCCGAGGCCGCCGGUCGUGCCUCGUCGACCGGAUCAGCCGACCGGGGGCGCGCGGCGCUCGUCAGCGUUCACUUCAGGCCCAGACACGCGUGGCUCGGCGACCCGGACGCGACCAAGAGGCGGCACGUCGCGGUCUCGCCCGACGACGUGCCGUCCAUCCUCGAGCACCUCGCGAGGGCCAUGCGUGUGACGGGGCGAACCCCGGCGCUGGCGUGGGCGGAACGCCCGAGCAAGACGACCACGAUCGUGUACCUCAAGCCCCCGGGGCCCCUCGCUUCGUUGGUUCAAUUUUUGUCGCGCGUGUGCUCGGAUCACGGGCUCGUGCCGUCGCCGAGCGCGGACCGCCGAUCCAUCGUGGCGGUAACCCCCGCGGGGGCACGAACGCGAAUGGAGACGCGCCUCACGCUGGGUCGUCACGCCGUCAAAGGCGACGCGCUGGUGAUGGAGUACGCGCGGUGGGAAACCGAGGAGGCGGCGAAGGAUGCAGCCAGGAUGGCCGGCGCGGUGGGCUUGAUGGCGGCGUUCGGCGCGUUCGGGGUCAUCGCGGUCGCGGCGCUCAACGCGACAUCAGCGGCGUCGCCGAUCGUGAGGUACGGCGCGCCCCCUGUUCGCCGCGUUCCCGUGCGCCGACCGGGGCGGUCGAUGAUGGGCAGGCCGGCGAUUUGGUCGUGGCGGUGGGACUUUGAUUUCAAUCGCGCGGGAAACACGGGACGUACGGGCGACGGGGGUGCCGACGGGGGUGCCGACGGGGGUGCCGACGACGGCGGCGGCGGGAGUCAUAACGUCCCGGGUUCGAAUCCUCGCGUGGUCCGCGCGGACGACCCGUCCCUCGGCUCGGGCGUCCGAGCCAGGGACAAAUUUCACGCCAUCUUCUCUGGAAACCUUCGAAGCGCGUUGGCCAACGCCGGGUACGUCGACGCGCCCAAGUGCCCGGCGCAGUUCGCUCUGGCGAGGGAACCGAGGGAUAACGCGAAUAACACGAGCGUUUCGUCGAACGGUGACGGUGUGGACGACGGGUGGACGCUGGUGCUGACGCCGGAGACGGCGUGGGCGGAAGCCGAGGAGGCGCAACCUUCGGGUGAACCUUCCCUAGCCGUCGGGGAUUUUAACGUCCCGAGCGCGCCGCCGUUACCCCGCGAACCGACUCCGACCGACGCCGACGUCCACGACGCAGCGCGCGAUCGACGGCGGACGGGGGAGACGACCGGAAGUGAUGACUGGAACGUGAGCGGAAGUGACCGGAUGUCGCGCGACGCGUCGGACUCGUUCACCGGCGACGCGAACGUUCCGAAGCAUUUCUCCUGUCCCAUCACCCACGAGCUCUUCGUCGACCCCGUGAUCUUCGCGGACGGGCACACGUACGAGCGGGACGCCAUCGCGACGUGGCUGCGACGACGCGAGACGUCUCCGAUGACGGGCGAGUCGUUUCCGGGGCGACGAAUCGUGCUCCUCCCGAACCACGCCAUGCGGUCGCAGGUGGAGGAAUGGAAGGCGAUCCGGCGGUCGACGUCGGCGGCGGCGGGCGGGGAAAACGGGGAAAACGGGGACGAGAAUCGGAGAGACGCGAGGUGA